AUGAAAUUUUCUGCUUUAACCACUAUCGCCACUGCUAUUACCGCUGCCACAGCUGCUCCCGUUAAGAGAGUCGUUGGCACCGUUUCGUUCACAGAUGCUAUAUCCAACAUGAAGUUGAACUUGGUGACUAACGACGCCUCCAUCCCAGUUGGACUCAGUAACGGUGUUCUCACUGCAGAUCAAGAUCCUAUCACUGUCGAUUUUCUCCUAGGUGAUUCUCAAUUCAUGAAUUUUGAGAACACAGACAACACUAAGUUUGGUCACAUCGUUAACUCUGGAACACAACAGGCUCUCACAGUAAACUCACCUGGCGCUGCUCAAGGUCAAAACAUCUACUUCUCUGAGAGCAGCAUUUCCGAUGACUCAAGUCAGAUGCUUCAAUACUGGGAACUGAAUGCAGACAUGCAAGUUAGAUUCCUCGGUGCGCCAAAAGGUGCUGAAUUCGGUCAAGGUCCAUUCACUCCAGAGUCACAAAAUGAAGGUGAUGGCUUGGCAAUUGCACUCAACACUAAUACCGCAGCAAGUUUCGUCCUUGAGCAACAAUAA